UUGCAGCUGUCUCAAAAUGGCUGCUAACCUAGUCUUUGUAGCUGCUUAGGCAGCAACUAUGCCAGUGUGGAGACUUGUCACAUGCAUCAAGACCAGAGAUUCAAAAUGGAUAGUAUAGAAGAACCUCAGAAAAAAGUCUUUAAGGCUCGAAAAACAAUGAGGGUGAGCGAUCGUCAACAACUUGAAGCAGUGUACAAGGUCAAAGAAGAACUGUUGAAAACUGAUGUCAAGCUGUUAAAUGGCAACCAUGAAAAUGGGGAUUUGGACCCAACCUCACCUUUGGAAAAUAUGGAUUAUAUUAAUGACAAGGAUGAGGUGAAUGGCAUUGAAGAACUUUGUUUUGACCCUGAAAAAAAAUCAGAAUGGAAGGAAACACCUUGUACCUUAAAUGUUAAUGUAAAAAACAAACCAGAUGAUGAUUUAACAUGUGCACCUUUGUCUCCUAAUAAUAUAACUUCUGAACUAGUCUCUAAACUGACUGCUGCACCAACUUCUGGUGAUCCAGCCUCUGGUGAUCUGGCAACUGGAGAUACAGCCUCUGGAGAUUUGACCUCUGGAGAUCUGGCUUCUGAAAUAUUAACCUCUAGUGAUUCCACCGCUUGUGAUCCCACCUCUGGUGAUCCCACCUCUCCUGAGCCUGCCUCUGCUGAUCCCACCUCUUGUGAUUCCACCUUUGGUGAUCCCACCUCUGAUAAUCCAGUCUCUGGUGAUCCUGUCUCUGGUGAGUCGAUCUCUGGUGAACCAGUCUCUGGUGAGUCAGCCUCUGGUGAUCCAGCCUCUGGUGAUCCAGUCUCCAGUGAACCGAUGUCUGGUGAACCAGUCUCUGAUGAACUGGUCUCUAGUGAACCAGUUGAUGGUGAACCAGUCUCCAGUGAAACAAUCUCUAGUGAUCUGGCCUCUGACGACUUAGCCUCUGGAAUAGUGGCCUCUGAUGAUCCAGCCUCUGGUGAGCUGGCUUCUGGUGAGCUGACCUCUGGUGAUUUGGCCUCUGGUGAUCCAGUUGCUGAUGAAACAACUUCUGAUAAACCAACUUCUGAUAAACCAACUUCUGAAUCAGCCUUUGAUCCUAUGUUUGAACCAACUUCUCUACUACUUUGUGAACCAGUUCCUGAAACUGACAUUACAGAACCUACUAGCAAUAAAGGUGAUGAUUUUCUUGAGAAAAAUGGAGAUGAUGAAAAGUUAGACCACAUUUUCUCAUUUGAUGAGCAGAAUAAAGCUGAUAGUAAUAUUGAUGCUGAUAAAGAAACUCUAGAAACAGAUGAUAGAAUUAUUUGUUCAGAUCUACCUCCCAAAAAUGAAAAGAAGGUAGAAGAAGAUGCUAUCACAGAACCUACUCUUGGAGAGGAGGCUAUAUCUAGCAGUAUGGAAAUUGACCAAAGUAAAAAGAAUGAAGAUGAAAAUUCUACAGACCUUGCAGAAACCAUUAGUGAAAAUGUUUUAAAAGAUGACAAAAAUGAGAAUAUCUUAGAAAAUACAGAUUCUAUGGAGACAGAUGAAAUUAUUCCUAUUUUGGAAAAGCUUGCACCUGCUGAAGAUGAACUUAGUUGCUUCUCUAAAACUUGUCUCCUUCCAAUUGACGAAACAAAUCCAGAUAUGGAAGAGAAGAUGGAAGGUUCUUUUGGUUCACCAUCUAAACAAGAAAGUAGUGAGAGUUUGCCAAAGGAAGCCUUUUUGGUUCUCUCUGAUGAAGAGGAUAUUUCAGGUGAAAAAGAUGAGCCUGAAGUUAUAUCACAAAAUGAGACAUGCUCUCCAGAAGUAGAAAGUAAUGAAAAGGACCGCAAACCUGAGGAAGAAGAGCAAGUGACACAUGAAGAUGAAAGACCUUCUGAGAAAAUUGAAUUUUCUAGAAGAAAACGUUCUAAAUCAGAGGACAUGGACAAUGUACAGUCCAAACGCCGUCGAUAUAUGGAAGAAGAAUAUGAAGCAGAAUUUCAAGUAAAGAUUACAGCCAAAGGAGAUAUUAACCAGAAGCUACAAAAGGUUGUACAGUGGUUGUUGGAAGAAAAAUUGUGUGCACUACAGUGUGCUGUAUUUGAUAAGACUUUGGCAGAACUGAAAACACGAGUGGAAAAGAUCGAAUGUAACAAGAGGCACAAAACAGUUCUUACUGAACUACAGGCCAAGAUAGCCAGGUUAACCAAACGCUUUGGAGCAGCCAAAGAAGAUCUUAAGAAAAGACAAGAAAAUCCAUCAAACCCACCUGUACCUGUAUCACCAGGAAAGUCUGUAGUUGAUGUCAACAGCAGUAACAAUGUGCCCUACAGAAAUGCUGGCACAGUGAGACAGUUGCUGGAAUUCAAAAGAAAUGUAAGUGAGAGUGCACCGCCAUCCUUUCAGACCUCUGUGAAUACAGUAUCUUCAACCAGUCUUGUCACUCCUCAAACAGUUGUCAGUAGUCAACCUAAAUUGCAGACUCCAGUGACUUCGGGUUCUCUGACAGCAACGUCAAUUCUUCCUGCACCCAACACAGCCACUGUAGUUGCUACUACCCAGGUGCCUACUGGAAAUCCCCAACCUACAAUCUCUUUACAACCUUUACCAGUGAUUUUGCAUGUACCUGUUGCAGUAUCAUCCCAGCCUCAGCUCCUACAGAGCCAUCCAGGGACUUUAGUGACCAACCAACCAUCUGGCAACGUUGAAUUCAUUUCUGUACAAAGCCCACCUGCAGUGAGUGGUCUUACCAAAAAUCCAGUAUCCUUGCCAUCCUUGCCAAACCCCACUAAACCAAACAACGCUCCUUCUGUGCCCAGUUCUAGUAUUCAAAGGAACUCUCCUGCCAGUGCUGCACCAUUAGGAACAACACUUGCUGUACAGGCUGUUCCAACAGCACACUCUAUUGUACAAGCCACGAGGACUUCUUUACCCACAGUAGGCCCAUCCGGACUCUAUAGUCCAUCAAAUAAUCGUGGUCCUAUACAGAUGAAAAUUCCGAUUUCUGCUUUUAGUACUUCAUCUCCCUCAGAACAGAACAGCACUACUACCCCAAGAAUUGAAAACCAGACAAACAAAACAGUAGAUACUUCUGUUAAUAAGAAAGCAGCUGAUAGCACAUCACAGAGUGGAAAAGCCACAGGUGGUGAUUCUGGUGGUGUCAUUGAUCUCACAAUGGAUGAUGAAGAAAAUGGAGCUUCACAAGACCCUAAAAAGCUAAAUCACACUCCUGUGUCAACCAUGGGUUCUUCUCAGCCUGUGUUUCGACCAUUGCAACCCAUCCAACCAGCACCUCCUCUUCAACCGUCUGGGGUGCCAACAAGUGGACCAUCUCAGACAACAAUACACUUACUACCUACAGCUCCAACCACCGUGAAUGUAACACAUCGUCCAGUAACUCAGGUGACCACAAGACUUCCUGUACCAAGAGCUCCUGCAAACCACCAAGUGGUUUAUACCACUCUCCCAGCACCACCAGCUCAGGCUCCCCUGCGAGGAACUGUUAUGCAGGCUCCUGCUGUGCGGCAGGUCAAUCCCCAAAAUAGUGUCACAGUUCGAGUGCCUCAAGCAACUACAUAUGUUGUAAACAAUGGGCUAACCCUGGGGUCAACAGGACCUCAGCUCACAGUGCAUCACCGACCACCACAAGUGCAUACUGAGCCCCCACGCCCUGUGCAUCCAGCACCCUUACCAGAAGCCCCACAACCACAGCGUCUGCCCCCAGAAGCUGCCAGCACAUCUCUGCCUCAGAAGCCACACUUGAAGUUAGCAAGAGUUCAAAGUCAAAAUGGCAUUGUACUAUCAUGGAGUGUCCUGGAGGUGGAUCGAAGUUGUGCCACUGUUGACAGCUACCAUCUCUAUGCUUACCAUGAGGAACCCAGUGCCACUGUGCCCUCACAAUGGAAAAAGAUUGGAGAGGUUAAGGCACUUCCUUUGCCCAUGGCAUGCACUCUCACCCAGUUUGUAUCUGGCAGCAAAUACUACUUUGCAGUACGAGCCAAGGAUAUUUAUGGACGUUUUGGACCCUUCUGUGAUCCUCAGUCAACGGAUGUGAUCUCUUCUUCCCAGAGCAGUUAAACCUUGGAGCCUUUAUCUCUUCCUCUUUGAAAAGUUCCACUUUUUGGUCAUGUUUUAAUCUUGUGCAUGAUACCCAUUGUAAAAUCCACAUUGUGCAAGAUUUCUUGGACAGAUGUGUAUAUACACUACAUUUGUUUAUAAUCAGAGUAAAAUAAACUCAGCCCAUAAAGCAAGAAUCUUUUCCUGGACAAUUCAAGCGUCAAGGUUUUGAAAUGUAAAUGUGCACCUUUCUUUAGUUUUGAGCCUGGGGAAUAUGUGUGGGUAUUUGUGUGGGUUUUUCCCCCCCCUAUUUAUAUGUUUAUUGCAGUGGAAUCUCCGUUUUCAUUCUCAUAUUUACUUCUCUUCCAGUAUAAAGUAAGUAGAUCAAAGGAACUGAGGUUCGUAACUGGCAUGAUUCUGCUUCUAAGGGAUCUGUAGGUUCAUAGUUAAAUAAUUUAAACAGAAUCAAAACAACUCAAAGAAAGAAAUAAAAGCAAAAUGGCUAAAUUGUUCUAAAAUAGGUUAAUUUGAAUACAAGAAAGGAUCUGCUCAUCUUUUUCUUUUGUUUCUUCUGGAUUGUUAAUCAGGUGAAAAAAAUCUGCAACAGCCUCUCCCUUUCCUAACCUGGCUUUUACAUUUAUUUUGUGCCUUAAAGAGUAACUGCAAAAAUAAACACGACCAUUUGUCCAUUGUUGUUUACUCUUCCCUUUCAGCCUUUCACCCUUCAUCUUUCCCUCAUCUCCACAAAAUGUAGCACACUCCCCUCAAGUAAAUUUUAAACCAAGGCUUUUUAUAUAUUGUCAGUGGCAUUAUUAUAUUUAACUCCAAAAAAUUGACUUGCUAUUUUCUUCUAAGAACAAAUGCUUUUAUUUUUGGUCACUGUUUAAAUUACCUCUGUGUAAAGUGGACCAAGAAAAGACAACUAAGAAAAAUUUCCUUCAAGCAUUUUAGUAUCUGUGUUCGCAGUGUUAGAAAUUAUGAAAGCAAUUCUAGUUCACUUUAUCACCCAAAGCAUAGUAUUCCUUCAAAGGAAGUAAAUAGUAAAAUUCACAAAAAACAGUAAGCUAAAAUAGAAAAGGGAAAACUCUAUCAUCUCUUUAUUCUCAUAUCAGUCUUUCUGUUUUAAUCUUUAACUUUGUUUUGAUGAUGCCAAGUUUUGUCUGAUUUACUGUCUGUCAGCUUUGGAUAGAAUUUAACGUAUGUCCUCUGGGGUGGUUUUAUAUAACAAUUAGAUGUAACUUACUGUGCAUCUUUGUUCCUCUUCAAAGUUAAUCAAAUUCUGCUUACGUCAUGCAUCUUCAGUAUGAAUGCCAGCUCCACUGGUUAUCAGGAAGGUGUUUGAGCAUAGGUAGGAAAGGACUGCUGGGGUAAGUUUGGGGAUGAAAGUGUGGCUGAGAAUGUUUUGAAAGGAAUUCAUGGAGUUUGUGAAAUAAUUUAUCAAGUCAUCUUCCCUUAACCAUAUUGGAAUUCCUUUUACUGCCUUUUCAACUUAUUCGUAAUUUUUUUCCAGAAUUAUAGGAGGGAGCUGUCCCUUCUAUUAAUGCUGCUUUGUUUGCAACCCUGGUUGGUUUGUUAUCAGAAGCAUUUUAGUUGUAAAGUCCUUGGAGACUUUGACCAGUCAGUGAACUGUCAUGUUAGUUGUGAAGUUUAACUGAUGCUGAAGAAAGCCUACAGAUUGCCAAACUGUAAAUGCUCCAAAACCUUCCUUUCACUUUCAGAAAAUGAGGCCACAAUGAGAGUUUUCAUGAAUCAAAUUUGCCAAGCAACUAUGUAGAUGUUACUCAUUCUAGGACUAAUAACGAUGGUAAAGAAGUUGCCGGUGUCAUGCCAAUGAAAAUUUCAAAAAGGGAUAUCUUCUAGGUGUACCUGAGCACCUCUCUAUAUUUGCAUGUAUGUAUGUUUUUACCUGCAAUGGUUGCAAUGUUGAUUAUGUGUUCAGGAUCAUUCCUCUACAGAACAGAAAGCCCAUGUUCAAAAUUGUUCUUUAUUGGCUUAUUUUAUGGUCACAUAAUAAUAAUUUGCUUACCUAGCCUAGAAAAGGUUACCUUGGUGAAUGUUUUUAUUUAUACUCACUAAUCCUUUUAUUUUUUAUUUUUUGAAGUUUUCAUAGCAUUAUAUAAUCAGGUGAAAAAAGCCCAGUAGAAUGAAAAUAUUUCAUUAUUUUAGCCUACUUUGUGUUUGUCAAAAAAUAGUCAAAUAGUAACCCUAAAAAUAGAUGUAGUACAGUAAAAUAAAACUUAUUAUUCCAGAUGGUGAAAGAUACAAAUUAUUUGAGGAAAAAGCAUAUUUUAAGAUGAUCUCCUCCAAUUAGCCUGCCAUGAGACCUGUGGGCAACAGCUAUAUUGGAUUUACUGAAAGGUGCUAGGCUAGAAUUCUAGACUUUUAUUUUGGGCAAGAUUUAAAGAUGAGCACUUUUUGUUUGUUUUUGGGGGGAGAGAAUGGAGGACUCAUCUAGGAAUAACUACUGAUUACAGACUUUUUAGCAAUUCACACCCCCACAUGGUACCUUUUCACAAAGUAUUACAAAUAAGCUUGAUUAUCCCAUUUUGGGAGUGCAAGUUUGGUACAUUUUUACCCUGACAAUACUUGUUAAGUAUUGCCUUGAAAAUCCUGGAAACUUUUGUUAUUUCAACCUGAAAUAUAGGAUGUGUAUAUGGCAUUUAAAGGUAAUGGGGAUGUUACUCUCUACUUUGCACUUUGCCAGAGUAAUUUUCACCCUGUUUUAAGUGUGAGUAAGCAUUUUUUCAAAAUUAUGUUAUUGCAAAUAAAUUUGUAAAUUACAUACAAAAACAACAUCUUUUAACAGUUAACUUGAUGAGGCAACUAUCCCUUUCUCUGGAACUCACUUUUUAAAAUCUGCAGAAUACAUUCUCCGUUUAACACAGUAGGAAUUAAUGAGAGAAGUGAAGAGUAGAACUUUCUUCCUUGAAAAGUAUUUAUUGGGAUACCAAUUGCCCCCCCCCCACCGUCCCCACCCCAACCGAUGGAUAAUAAAUGAAAGGUUUAAUUGAAAAAGAGCAAAGAGCUCAAAAUUUUAGGUACAGCUCCGCAGAACUCAUGAGGCAGGCUGCACCAUACAGGUCUCUUACUGUUUCGCUUAAGUGUUAACUUAGUUUUUGUCGUUUGCUCUUUUGCUUACAUUUUCUAAAUUAUCAUUUCUGUAGCGAGGUAUUAGUACUGCAUGAUAUGCAUUUAUCGUGUUUCACGAAUUUCCCAGUACUGUACAAGAUUAACAAAACAUUGCCUGUGCUUUCCUCCCCUCUUGCUUUUAUACCCCUGAUUUUAGCACAGUGGAGCACUGCAAAGACCUUCCAUAUGUUCUCGCAGACUUACUUUCUUGGGUUGUUUAGUAUCCUAUGAUUCGUUCAUUAUUUUCAUUUUAUCAUUGACCGAUCAUUGGCCCGUUUUAUUCUAACUUCUGGAAAAACCAUGUACCCGUAUUAGAUUAUUGCAAAUAACUAUCUAAAACCUAUGUAUGAGUCUGCCUUCCUUACUGGGCAAAUGAUGCCCUUUCCCCUACCUUUUUUUUUUUUUUUUUUACAUUUUGGGACAAAAAACAAUUUUUAUGAGGUGUUUUGUUAGUGUGAGAGAUUUGUGUAAUUCCUAAAAUACAUCCCCUUUGAGCCAGCCAUUGGGGAGGAAUAGGACAAUACAAAGUUUUAUCAUGUUAAAGUUUUUUUUUUAAUUCAUAGACAGCUAAAUAUCCAUCAUUUAUAUUUAAAUGGUGUCUUGUUUUGUUUGUUUUUUGUAAAUAAGGUAACUGGGCAAUCAAAUUUACCUUUUGGGGAUCCGGGCUUUGGUAUUUCAUCAGCCAUUUUAAAACUAAAUAUAAAAAUAAAUCCUUUGUAGGAAACUUGCAUUCUGAUUUUUCUUUAUUGUAGUUGAAAGUGUAAAUAAUAAGACAAUGUAAGACCUUCCUAAUGUCUAAUACAAACUGGGCUAUAGCAAGUUGCCCUAUUUUUAUUAGGUUUUAAAAGUUUUUUUUUUUUCUUUUCUAAAUGUACAGUAGACUGGUGUCUGUAUAAGUGUUAACUGUAGUGGGAUUUUGUCCAGCAAGCCUGAAAUUUAUACUUUGAAAUAAACUACUGGGUUUUUAA